AGAAGAAGAAAAAAACAGAAACAAAAUAACCUAUUGUUCCUCUUCUCUAUUGUCUCGAAGGUUCCCAGAGUUUCGGAGAGUCAAAUCACAUGGAUCAAAUUGAGUCACAUGUCUCUAAUGGUAAAGUAAAAGAGCCGAGGGUAAUAUCUCCGGGAGGAUCCAAGACUGAAGAGAGGCAAAGUGAAGGUGUUACUCAUCAGAUUGACAUGAGUAAAGACGGUAGAGAGCAGCCUCAUGGCGAAGUGAACAUGGAAGCUUCCAUUUCAGCAGAAGAUGUGAUACGAGCUGGAGGGUUUGGUGCUAAGGACGACAUUGGAAGCUUCCUUCCCGUGGCAAGUGAUUCGACUGACUUUGAGGAAUCAAUCCGCUCUGCACGCGACUACGAAGAACCGCAACCGAAGGUUCAAAGACCUGGUCUUGGCUGGCCUAAAGAGUGAAAUCUUUGCCUCCACGGCUACAAUGCUUGCUUUAAUAGUUUUUGUUCUUCGUCAAUGUGUGAUCAAUUGUUGUGUAUGAAUUAUGAUGAUGGCAAAGCGGAAUUAUUUCAAGGUA